AGACCGUCUUGGCUCACAUUAGUUCGUUCAAAGGGCACGCUGUUGGAGCUAUGACGGUGAAAAUCUGUGUCCUAUGGAUCCUUGCGUGGGUUCUGGAGGCCAAGGUCCCAGGAGAAGGGCUUGUUCAGGUUGCUGGGCUCGAUGGAGCCGACAAGGAUCAUGCAGGUCUUCGGCAGGUGCUCGAGGAGGAAGCUAGCGAAGAGGAGGGCGCCGAAGUGGCAAGUGAAGGUAGCGUAGAGGAGGGCGCCGAAUUGGCCAGCGCAGAAGGUGAAGGGGCUCUUGAAGAAGGUGCAGAAGAGGGAGAAGAGGAAGAGGAAGAAAUUCCCACGGAGGCGGAUAGCGAGGUCGCGUACAUGCUUUUGGGCGCGGUGAUUUUCGUGGUAUCUAUGUUCUACCUGGUAAACUGGAACGAUGAUGAUAUCCGCUACUACUCCAUGAACAUCAUUAGUAUGACCAUGUCCAUCUUCUCAGCCGUUUUGAUGUACCAGGGCAUCAAUGAACAAAUCACUCGCUUCACAGAAGGUCUUGCAGAAAUGGAGAGGGUGGUGAUUCAAUUUGUCCACUGCGCCAUCUACAUCGUGUCCAUGCAGAUCUUCAUCGGGUAUUUCUCAGGAGUGACUCCGAUGGGUGGCGAAGCAUUGAACUUUGACAGUGAGGAAUGGAUUGUCGCUGAUGGCUUGAGGUCAGACUUCAGCACUCCGCUGCCCAAAGCGGAGGUGGAGCACGUGAGAAACAAGUUGGCCAAAAAGAGCGUGUGGAUCGACCACUACGGCGUGGAAGUCGCAGUCGCGAAGGAGAAGGUCAACCUGAUGUUGGCACAAAGACGAAUGAGGUGCUGGGCGAUGCUCUUGGCACACAUGUCGGGCUUUGCCGCCAUCAAUGCGGGAGCACAUCUGCAAGCUGUCAAGGUCUUUAGCUCGUCGCCGGUGCUUGCAUUUCUUCCAGCCAUCAUCAAUCAGGUGGUCUUGCAGAUUUUCUUCAAGAUUGCCUCGCUGGCCCGUGCUAAGCGCAUGGAAGAAUGCAUCAAGAACGAGGGUGAGAGCGGCUUUCAGAAAGCUGCACUGUGUCAUGAAGCUGUGAUUGAGGCUGAGAACGAUGUGUCAUCCCUUUCCCUGUCGUUCUUGAGCGUGCAGGUCAUUCGCUUUAUCAUCAGUGGAGUCAUGCCAAAUGCGGAGGGCGAAGAGGAGCCGCCGGUGAAGCAUCACUGGGCCACCAUCUCUGGCUUCUUCGGCUUGGGAGUGGUGGCAGUGAUCCUCGCAGUGGUCACAGCUGUGAAGUGCACAAACGAGGAAGAGGAAGAGGAGGGCCACCAUAGCGUGCCAUCGGAGCCCCUGAGCACACGCAUUGGGAGCGUUCUGAGCAACUCCCUGGCCAUGACGUUCGCGUGGAUCCUUCUCUUCGGAACCAAGUGGUUUCUCUUCAAAGUGGACCUCUUCAAUCUUGAAACUAUGAUUGGCCAGAUUUGCCAUGCGCUGGCUUUGUCAAUCAUUUGCGGAGUGGCAGUUUUUGCGCUGGAUUUUGUGGACGACUCCAUGCGCGGCAGCGAGCAGGGGGCAAAGGCUGCGCGGAAAGCAAUCCGUGUGAUUAUCCAGGCCAUUGCUAUCCUUAUUGGUUUCUCCUGGGAGCACUGCUUUGACGCUGGGGUCGCCGAUGUGUCCUUCAUCACUCCACACAAGAGGACCACGAAGUUCUUCAUGGGUAUCUUUGUGUGCAUUUUCCUGGUGCCGGCGUGGAGGAGGCACAUCCUGACCAAAGUCUUGGCGUAUGAAGAUAUGAAGAAGAACAGGGCGCAUGCCAAGAAGAACUCGGUCCGAAGGUCGGUCUUGAUGAGAAAGCAAGAGUCCAAAUACGAGUUGCUGGGCACCAAGGACCCGAUGGAAGCUCAAGUCACCAAAGUGUCCGCGGCAGACAUGGAGACAGGGAGGGUGCCGAAGGAUGCCUUCCUCAAGGUGGCGCAAGGUGACAAGGUGAUUGUGAAGUCCAUGGAGCAGUCAGACUAUGUGUGGGCGGAAAUCGAUGGGAAGGAAGGAAUCCUUCCACGCAGCUGGCUGAUGGCAGGAGGGAAGGACUAGCAGCUAGAUCACAAAGUUGAGGCGUUUUUUUGCCCAGCUGCUGCAUUCUCCUCGUGCACUUCGCAACAGUUAGCCGUUUGCACAUUCCAUUUGGUUGUGUCAGUUGGGC